AUGUACUUAUCUGCUCUGCUUACGUCUGCUGGAAUUAACAUAGCAGUUUGCGUGGUGAUUUUCUCAUUGUAUUCUGUCCUGAGAAAACAGCCACGCUUUAUAAAUGUAUAUUUUGGACAAAGGCUCGCCCAGGUGAAUUUAAGACGCCAUGAUCCUUUCUGCUUUGAAAGACUUGUUCCUUCUGCUGGUUGGAUUUUGAGAGCCUGGGAAGCAACUGGUGAUCAGAUCUAUUCAGCUGGGGGACUAGAUGCUGUGGUCUUUUUGCGGUUAAUUGUUUUCAGCAUACGGAUAUUCUCACUUGCUGCUACAAUAUGCCUGUUUCUUGUGCUUCCGCUCAACUAUUUUGGGCGUGAGAUGGAGCAUAAAAUGAUUCCAGCUGAGUCUCUUGAAGUCUUUUCGAUUGCAAAUGUUGAGCAAGGAUCAAGAAGGCUUUGGGCCCAUUGCCUCGCAUUAUACAUUAUUACUCUCUCCACAUGUGCUCUUCUUUACUAUGAGUAUAGAAAUAUCACAAAGAUGAGGUUGUCAUACAUUACGCAAUCUCUUUCCAACCCAAGUCACUUCACAGUUCUUGUUCGUGGCAUUCCUUGGUCUCCAACUGAAUCAUACAGUGAGACGGUGGCAAAAUUUUUCACUACGUACUAUGCAUCAAGUUAUUUGUCACACCAAAUGAUCUGUCAAUCUGGCACCGUUCAGAAACUCAUGCAUGAUGCUGGAAAGAUGUAUAAGAUGCUGAAGACUACUACUGCGGAUCAACACUGCGCCCGGACUUUAUUACGAUGUGGUUUUUGUGGAGGGACUACAACUUCUUUCAAGAUCCUCGCAAUCGAGGCCGGAAGUGACAAGACAAGAAGUGACUUUGAGAUUUCAAAUCGCAGAAACACGGAAUGUGCUGCUGCACUUGUUUUCUUCAGGACACGGUAUGCUGCUCUUGUUGCUUCUCAAUCUCUGCAGUCUCCAAAUCCGAUGAAAUGGGUGACAGACAGGGCUCCAGAUCCAAAAGAUGUUUACUGGACCAACCUUGGCCUACCUUACAGGCUUCUAUGGAUUCGGAAAAUAGCUAUUCUUGUGGUCUCAAUGCUUUUUGUUGCGUUCUUCCUUGUACCCGUGACUCUUACUCAAAGCCUUGUUAACCUUGAUAAGCUGCAGAAUACAUUUCCAUUUCUCCGUGGAGUUUUAAAAAGGAAGUUUAUGAGCCAAUUAGCUACUGGUUACUUACCAAGUGUCAUAUUGAUGUUAUUUCUCUAUAUUGCUCCCCCUGUUAUGCUUUUGUUUUCUACCAUGGAGGGUGCAAUAUCUCGCAGUGGCAGGAAAAUGAGUGCUUGCAUGAAACUUAUGGCCUUCAUGAUAUGGAAUGUUUUCUUUGCAAACAUUCUGACUGGGACUAUUAUUAAGAAUUUGGUUGGCGCUGUAGCUGAAAGAUUGUCAGAUCCUAAAAAUAUCCCAAAUGAGCUUGCUGUAGCCAUCCCAACUACGGCCACCUUUUUCAUGACUUACGUAUUGACGUCAGGUUGGGCAAGUUUGGCGUUUGAACUUCUACAACCUUUGGCCCUUAUCUGUAACUUUAUUUACAGAUAUGGUCUCAGAAACAAAGAUGAAACAACGUACGGGACCUGGACUUUUCCAUACCACACAGAGGUGCCAAGGGUUGUUCUUUUCGGAGUAAUGGGCUUUACAUGUUCUGUUAUGGCGCCGUUGAUACUUCCCUUUCUGUUGGUUUACUUCUUCCUUGCCUACCUUGUGUAUAAGAAUCAGAUUCUUAACGUGUAUGUGACCAACUAUCAAACCGGUGGUCUUUAUUGGCCAACUAUACAUAAUGCAACAAUAUUCUCACUGGUGAUCACACAAGUAAUAGCUUCGGGAGUUUUCGGGAUUAAGAAGUCCACAGUCGCCCUAAGUUUCACCUUUCCACUGAUUAUCUGUACACUACUGUUCAACCAGUACUGCAGGCAAAGAUUUCUUCCUGUAUUCAAAAGCAACGCUGCUAAGGUUCUGAUUGAGAUGGAUUGGCAAGAUGAGCAGAGUGGAAAGAUGGAAGAGAUUCACCGCAAACUGCAAUCUGAAUAUUGUCAAUUCAAAUUAGCUGCCAUGAACCCUGGUGGAAUUGUGCAGCCAACUGAUUGCAACAAUCCAGUUGAUGGUGUGUUGGAAGACCCAGGGGAUACAACCGCAGGAAAAAGACCUGCUCAGUUAUCCGGAAUAUGGGUAGGACAUUCAUCACCAGAAAUCAGAGAGAUGGAAUUGUAG